AUGGCAUCACGACUCAAGGACGCCUUUGCCAGGGCAUCGCCCUUCUCGCGAUCCAAGCCCAAGGCCACGGUCGCCGAGACGGCCGCCACGCCAGCCAACAUCAGCUCCGACGCAACCUUCUCCGCAGCCCACUCCAGGGCGGGCUUCAUCGCCGACGAACCCUCCGCGGCGGCGGCGUCUCGGACCGCGAGCUCGGCAACCACAAGCCCCCGCAGCAGCUCCUCCUACACCACCGCCACGAGCACCACCAACACAUCCUCCUCUGCCGCCGCCGCCACGGUGCGGGAGCCGGUGGUCGUCGACCGGGAGGCCGAGCCAGAGCCAGAGCCAGAGCCAGAGCCAGAACCAGAACCAGAACCAGAACCAGAACCAGAAGCGCCGCCGCCGCUGCCCCUCCACAGCCGCUACAAGCUGCACGUCACGGCCGGGCCGUCGUACGACCCGGCGUCGCACGCCACCGUCCGCGUCAACACGCCGCACACGGUGCUCGUCGCCAACGAGCACCUCACCGCGCGCGUCGCCGUGCGCAUCCGCGACUUCUCCGGCCUGCCCGCCGCCUGCCCGGCGUCGUCGCCGUACUUUUCCGCGCCCCAGCACGCCCGCGACCGCUACAGCAUCUCGUUUUCGUUCGUGCCCAAGCGCGACCUGUCCGGCGCCGAUGCCGUGUGGGGCCCCGACUGCGCGAGGCCGGUGAGGGAUCGGCUGCCUCCCGGGUUCAAUGCGGCGGUCGGGAUUGUGAAGAGGUUUGUUGAUCCGAGUAUUGAGGUGGAUGCGUAUGCGGAUGAGCCGUGGGUGUAUGCGCCGGCGUUGAGUUGCUGGUUCGUGUUGAGGGUGGGGGAGAAGGCGGGAGGAGGAGGAGGAGGAGGCGGAGGAGGCGGGGGAGCGGGAGGCGGGGAGCGGGAGGUGGUGGACGUGCCGCCGCCGCAGAGGACGGAGGAGCUGGACGAGGGCGAGGUGGUCAAGAAGGGGGCGGGGGUGUUGGAGGAGGGCGCGGACGGGGACGGGCAGCGCGUGCGGGAGGCGUGGGGGUGCCCGCCCGAGGCGGCCAAGAGGAGGAAGUGGUUUGUCAACGAGAAGCGGAGGGAGGGCGUAGUGUUCGAGAAGGGCAGGCUGUACCAGGCGGAUUUCUUCAAUCCCUAUCUGGACUUUGACAAAUUCGCGCUGAAGCUACCAGGGUUCUCGCUCGGGGUGCUCAAGUACAUUGACGAGAAGACGCACCAGCUCCGGUGGGUUUUCAAGAACAAGGUCACCGGUGAAGUAUACUUUUGUGUUAUUUUUAACCUGCUUUUUGGCGAAGAGCUAGAGGAAGCACUACGGGCGGAGAGAGCCGCGGAGCAGGAGCUCGAUUGA